CUUUUCGUGACUUACUGUUAGCGUAGAGGUGUGCGCAGUGAAACGAUUGCCUCCUCUAUAGCGUGAAAACAAAGCAAUCAUUCAUUCAUUGCAUUGGUUUUCAACAAACAUUUGAUCACUUCUUCAAUUCGUUUCAAUUAUGUCUCAAUUCUACCACCAAUUGAUCCAAUCUCUGGACAAAUGUCUGCACACUUCGGGACGCGUUGCAGACAUCGGCGAGAAGAUCGAGAAGACCACUGGAGUUAAACGCAUUUAUGUGGCUCAGGGUCUCAUGGGAUUAGUGGCCAUUUACAUGAUAUUCGGACACUUCGCUGAAUUGGUUUGCAAUUUGGUUGGCUUUAUAUACCCGGCCUAUGCU